UGUGAGGGUGAACAGGGGCCCUGAAGUCCUAAAAUACUCUAUUUUUCUAAUGGAGUUUGGUUCAACUUUGUAUGAACUUUGUUGUGACUGCAGCUUUUUGCAGUGUUGAUCUUACUGUGAUUUUGUAGCUUUGGUUUCAGUUCACAGCUCAACCACAGGGACAAACUCACACCAAACCCCAUUCAAAAUCUCACCAGUUAAAUGUUGCUUAUCUACAAAUGUAUCAUUUUAAGUUUGUGUGUUUUUCGUCUUCACUGAUGUUUGUUUUGUUGUUUCAGCUUCAUAAAGACUUUGUUCUGACUACAGUAAACCUUUUGCAAUGUUCAUUGUUUAUAUUUUAAUGUAAUCAGGUAUAAAACAGAACAUCUCAGUUUAAUCAGAUGUGUGAAUAGAAUUGGUCCGAGCACAGAAUCCUGAGGAACUUGUAAUGUACGUCAAUAUUAUCUUAUGAAGUUGAAUAUGUUCUUAAACACAGACAAGAGUUUGUUUUAGGUUUUUAGUUUUAAGGUCUGUUUUUUUAUGCGAGUUUACAAACUGUUUAUUGCUUUCAGAGAUUUUCUUUCAUUCUCUGGAUGAGCGAGUGUUUUUGGGAGUGUCUGCAUGGAUAAACCUGCUUAUUAGAAGAUAUAAAAGUGAAAGUGUGGAUUCUUGUGGGUGGAGUUUGUCUCCAGGUGUCCUCACAGGUGUCUCUGUCCUCUCUGGGACUGUUGGUGGUUCUCAAUGUGAGACUGAGCUCGAGACCUCCAGAACAGGAUCGAACUGUGAACGAACAGAAAGAAAGAAAGACCCGAACCAACGACAGACAAUGAAAGCCUGUUUCUGAUGAUGCUGGAUAAUGGAUCACACGUUGAUGGUGCUCUCGGUUUUGCUCUGGAGUUCAGGUAUAAUCUCAUUUCCCGACUCAGGUCUCCGGGCAGAACAGAACCACAAUCACAGCGAGACAGUCAGGUUGGUUGGAGGAUCCAGUUGCUGUUCUGGGACGCUGGAGGUGAAACAGGGAGACUGGAGACCUGUGUUUAACUCUGACUGGACCCUGAAGGAGGCUGAUGUUGUUUGUAGAGAACUGGACUGUGGCUCUGCUGUUUCAAUAGAUUGGAGAAAGGAGUCCUUAGACAGACCCGUGUGGGGCAUCAGAUAUGAUUGUCUCCAUUCUGCAUCUGCUCUGAGGGACUGUGUAAAACCAGAUUCCUCCUUCUUCAGCUUGGGUCUCACCUGCUCAGACUCUGUCAGGCUGGUGAAUGGGACUAGUCUGUGCUCAGGGAGACUGGAGGUGAAGUCUGACCAGUCUAACCAGUGGUGGUCCUCAGUGUGUGAAGCUGACUUUGACCAACAGGAUGCAGAGGUGGUCUGUAGGGAGCUUGGCUGUGGGGCUCCUUCAGUCCUGCAGGGGGCGCUCUAUGGAGAAGUGGAGGCUGAGGGGGAAUGUGGAGGCAAUGAGUCUGCUCUCCUGGACUGUAGAAGCUCAGCUAGAAACACCUGCCCAUCUGGAAAAUCUGUUGGACUCACCUGCUCAGAACCUGUCAGGUUGGUGGGAGGAUCCAGUCGUUGUACUGGGACACUGAAGGUGAAACAGGGGGAGUGGAGACCAGUGAAUGACUAUCAAUGGACCCUGAAGGAAGCAGCUGUUGUCUGUAGAAAGCUAAAAUGUGGCUCCAAUGUUUCAAUAGAAUUGAGAAAGGAGUCCUCAGACAGACCUGUGUGGCGGAUCAGAUCUGACUGUGUUCACUCUGCAUCUGCUGUGAGGGACUGUUUAAAACCAGAUUCCUCUACAUACAUCCUGGAGAUCACCUGCUCAGGUCUCCAUGCAGAAGAAAACCACAAUCACAGCGAGACUGUCAGGUUGGUGGGUGGAUCCAGUCGCUGUACUGGGAGACUGGAGGUGAAACAGGGAGACUGGAGACCUGUGUUUAACUCUGACUGGACCCUGAAGGACACAGAUGUUGCCUGUAGAGAACUGGACUGUGGCUCUGCUGUUUCAAUAGAACUGGGAGAGGAGUCCUCAGACAGACCUGUGUGGAAGAUCAGAUAUGAUUGUGUUCAUUCUGCAUCUGCUCUGAGGGACUGUGUAAAACCAGAUUCCUCUCCCUUCAGCUUGGACCUCACCUGCUCAGACUCUGUCAGGCUGGUGGAUGGGACUAGUCUGUGCUCAGGCAGACUGGAGGUGAAGUUUAACCAGUCUAACCAGUGGUGGUCCUCAGUGUGUGAAGCUGACUUUGACCAACAGGAUGCGGAGGUGGUCUGUAGGGAGCUCGGCUGUGGGGCUCCUUCAGUCCUCCAGGGGGCGCUCUAUGAAGAAGUGGAGGCUCCAAUGUGGACCAAAAAGUUCCAGUGUGGAGGCCAUGAGUCUGCUCUCCUGGACUGUAGAAGCUCAGGCUCAGCCAGAAACACCUGCUUACAUGGAAAAGCUGUCGGACUCACCUGCUCAGGUAGAAGAGGAGCUUUGAUUUCUGUUCACUCACUUUGUUCUUUUACUGAUGACUCUCUUGUUUCAGAGCCUGUCAGGUUGGUGGGAGGAUCCCGUCCCUGUACUGGGACACUGGAGAUGAAACAGCGGACAGAGUGGAGGCCAGUGAAGGACUGGAACUAUCAGUGGACCCUGAAUGAAGCAGCUGUUGUUUGUAGAGAACUGGACUGUGGCUCUACUGUUUCAAUACAGUGGAGACAGGAGUCCUCAGACAGACCUGUGUGGGGGAUCCGAACUGACUGUGUUCACUCUGCAUCUGCUGUGAGGGACUGUUUAAAACCAGAUUCCUCUUUAUACAUCUUGGAGAUCACCUGCUCAGACCUGCUGGUUCGGCCCAACAUCACAUUCUUCGCGGACAGGGACUCCGAGGCUCGGCAGCAGGGGUUUCAGGUGCGCACAGGCUCAAACUUCACACUCAGUUGCUCCACUGAGCCACAGCACCUGGGAGGCUCCUUCCAGCUCACCUUCACCUCCUCCACCUCUGCAUACAACUACACCCAGCCGGCUGUCAAUCACUCCGCCCACUUCCUGUUUCCUGCUGCAGAGCCCGCCCACCAAGGGAGCUACAGCUGUGUUUAUCACGUCUACAUUUCAUCCCAUAAGUUCUCCUCUGAAAGCCGUCUGCUCUCUCUCACCGUCUCAGACCUGCUGCUGAAGAAAGCACCCCCAGGUCAAAGAGCGUUUCCACCAGUUUUCCUUUUUGCUCUGGUCCUCCUGCUGCUGAGUCUGACGUUGUACAUCACUGCCCUUUAUUUCUCCUGCAGGGACACCAGGAGGCGACAGUCAGAGAGACAGACGGACACUGAACUGUCGAACCUAAUGAGGCUGAAAGAACGGAGCUGAAGACUGACUCCAACAGGGGACUUUUAUCUUUUACACAUUUUAGUUUUUUAUCUCAUCAUUUUCACUUAACAUGAACAUUUUUAUUAUCAAGCCAAAGUUUCCCUUUUCUACUGUUUAUUUUUUCUGGUGGAAAUAGGCUUCCAUACCAAACAGUAAUAAUACAAAUAUUAGCUAAAAAAAAAAGCAAAAAAGUUAUUACUGCUAGUAUAUACUGUUUGUUUGUUUGUUUGUUUGUUUGUUUAUUAAGAUCCCCAUUAGCUUCUGUAUAACAGUUGCUAUUCUUCCUGGGGUCCAAACAGUUUAUAUGGUGACAAUACUAUCCAAAUAUACACACUCACAUUAUUCAUUACAAUACACUGACACAACACAUCAUAACACACAUAUACUGUAGAUAAGACAAUAACAAUUCACGCACUCUUAAGACAAACACCAAAAACUAAAACAAAACUAAAAACAGGCUCUGAUUGAAUUUAUCAUAAAUUAACAAAACAUCCACAUGAUCUAACAGAUAAGUAUCAACAUUUCACCCAAUUGCCCCUGAGACCCUCUCACACCAAAGAGUAUUUAGUAGUUACUUAGUUUCCUUUUAAAUAGUGCUCUUUUAGUAUUUCUUUAAAACCCUAUAUAUUAUUUUGUUGAAUAAUAUGAUUAGGAACUGAGUUCCACUCUACUAUUGCUCUGUAUAUUACUGUACGCAGCAGCGUGCCUUGUAAAAUAACUGUGUGUAUCUGUGCUAAAGGACAUAAACAUAAAUGGAGUCUUUGUUGUUAUGACGUUCUUAAUAAAAAGCCUCAGUGAAUACAGAAAUCAAAUUUUCACUUCAUUCAUGCAUUCUAGAAAAUGUUUGUUCUCAUCCCACAAGAAGUCUCUACACUUGCUGCUUUAUUUUUAACCAACUGCAGUUUUCUGAUAUUACCCAGUGAAGUAUUGGACCAAACUAUUGAGCAAUAAUCCAGCUUACUCAAAACCAAAGCUUGAGUUACUUGUUUGAUAGUUUGUUGUGUCAGAUAUAGAGUGGACCCCUAUCUGGUGGACUGGAUCUACGAUUACCUCACUGACAGGCCACAGUACGUCAGGCUGAAGGACACCACGUCUGACACUGUGGUCAGCAGCACUAGAGCCCCCCAGGGCACAGUGCUGGCCCCUCUUCUCUUCACCCUGUACACCUCGGACUUCUGUUACAACUCGGAGCUGUGUCACAUACAGAAGUACGCUGAUGACACAGCCAUUGUUGGGUGUAUCAGGGUUGACAGAGGAGGAGUAUCGGAGUCUGGUGGAGGACUUUGCUCUCUGGGGUCACACUAACCACCUACAGCUCAACACCUCUAAGACAAAGGAGCUGGUCAUUGACUUUGGGAGGUCCAGACCAAGACCGCGACCAGUCCUGCUAGAGGGAGCUGAGGUGGAGGCUGUGCAAUCAUACUAAUACCUCGGGCUGUGGCUGGAUAAUAAACUGGACUGGACAACACACACCAAACACCUGUACAGGAAGACACAAAGCAGGUUGUACUUCCUGAGGAGAUCGCGGUCUUUCAACAUCUGUUUUACCAGUCUGUGGUUACCAGCGUCCUCUUCUACACUGUGGUGUGCUGGGGGGGGGCAUAUCCAAGAAGGACACCUCCAGACUGGUCGGCAUGAAGCUGGACUCACUGGUGACGGUGGCAGAGAGGAGGACACUGGACAAACUGCUGGACAUUAUUGACAAUGCCAGCCACCCCCUGCACACCGUCCUCAGCAACCAGAGGAGCCUGUUCAGUGAAAGGCUGCUCCUUCCCAACUGUAGGAUCAACACACUCAAGAACUCGUUUGUCUGUCGUGCCAUCACACUCUACAACUCCUCACUCGGGGGGAGGAGGAAAUAGGGUAAAGAGGACAGAAGGGAAGGAGUGGUAGCCACUCACUGUGCAAUAACUGUGCAAUAAUAAUCUACUCAUACAUACCUGGACACUCUUCUUACUUAUUCUCUUUGUGCAAUAACUUGAUCCACCACUUAAGUGCAAUAAUUUAAUUUAAUUUAACUGCUAAUUUCUGCUAAUGUCAUUUAUCCACUGUUUAACAACACAAUGCCAAAUACUGUCCUAUAUAUUUAUUUUUAUUUAUCUAUAUUUAUCCUCUUUACAGUUCUCUACAUUUAUCUUAUUUGAUUUCAUUUUCCGUGAAUUUUAUCUUAUUUUAUUUUUAUUCUUAUCUCUACUUUCUAUAUAUAGCUAAGAGUUUAUUGUUUACUGUUUAUUGUUUACUUUCUAUAUAUAGCUAAGAGUUUAUUGUUUACUGUUUAUUGUUUACUUUCUAUAUCUAGCAAAUAGUUUAUUGUUUAUAUUGUUUUAUCUUGUGCUGUAUUUUUUUAUACCUCUUUAUUUUUCCACACUGUUUUGUAAGCUGCUGGAAAUUCAAUUUCCUUGCGGGAGUCAUCCCAAAGGGAUCAAUAAAGAGAAGUCUAAGUCUAA